AUCUUGGAGGACCUCCUGGUGUCCCUAUGAUAUGGGGUGGCUUUGGGAUUGGGGUUAGGGACCCUUGGAGGACCACCUUGGAGGACCACCUUGGAGGACCAUCUUGGAGGACCUCGUGGUGUCCCUAUGUUAUGGGGUGGCUUUGGGAUUGUGGUUGGGGACCCUUGGAGGACCCUGUUGGAGGACCAUCUGGGAGGACUUCCCGUCGUCCCCCGGGUGCCACCGCUGUCCCCCCCCCGUGUCCCCACAGCCGACCGCGAGGUGCAGCGGAUCCUCCUGGAGCUCCUCAACCAGAUGGACGGCUUCGACCAGAACGUCAACGUCAAGGUGAUCAUGGCCACUAACCGUGCCGACACGUUGGACCCGGCUCUGCUGCGUCCCGGUCGAUUGGACCGCAAAAUCGAAUUCCCGUUACCGGACCGACGCCAAAAACGACUCAUUUUCUCCACCAUCACCGGGAAAAUGAACCUCUCCGAGGAGGUGGACCUGGAGGACUGUAUCCUAAAUGGGGGUUAUGGGGUCGAUGGGGGCAAUUGGGGCAAUGGGGUCAAUGGGGGCGUUGAGGGGAAUGGGGUCAACGGGGGCAUUGGGGUCAAUGGUUACGUUGAGGGGAAUGGGGUCAAUGGGAACAUUGGGGGCUAUGGGGGUAAUCAGGUUAUUGGGGUCAAUGGGG